ACAAGAAUUGAUAGUGAAGUAAGGGGGAGGGGGGAGGUUGCUAGGUGCUGGAGGUAUUGUUUUUUGAAUAUUAGAAUAUUUUUUGAAUAUUUACAACUUCUGACGUAUUCCAACUCACAACUCGCCUGCGAUCGGAUCCUUUCAGCAAACCUCGCAUCUCUUGAGCAAAUCUUUACAUUUCUGAACAUCUCUAUUCACCUUUUUAACAUCUUUACCACUAAUCUGAGCAUUUUCCUGCACGAAUGUCAUCUUCUGAAGAAAUGCCACUUUUCUCCAUCUGGGAUUCCAUCUGGGAUUCCAGCUCUGGACCGCGGGUUGAGGCUGGUGACCUGCAACACCUUGUCCCGGCCCCCCAUGUGUACCACCAGGAGCAGCACUUUACUCCCAGCACUCAGGGCCAGGUUUAUACCAACCUGCCUGACCAGCCGGAUUACGCAAGCUGGGAUUCGUCCAACUCUGGACCGUGGGUUGAGACUGGUGACUUCCAGCACCUUGUCCCUGCCCCCCACGUUUACCACCAGGAAGAGCAGUUCACCCCAAGCACUCAGGGCCAGGUGUAUUACAUCCUGCCUGCCCAGCCGUAUUACGCAAGCUGGGAUUCGUCCAACUCUGGACCGUGGGUUGAGGCUGGUGAUGUCCAACACGCUGUCCCUGACCCCCACUUUUACCACCUGGAACAGCAGUUCGCCCCCAGCACUCAAGGCCAGGUGUAUUACAUCCUGCCUGCUCAGGUGUAUUACCCCAGCUGGGACACUAUUUCCUGCUCUGGACCGUUGGUUGAAGCUGGUGACCUGCCACACCCUAUCCCAUCCUCCCACGUAUACCACCAGGAGCAGAUAUUCACUCCCAGCGCUCCGGGCCAGCAGAUAGAGCUUCCAGGGAUGGCUGGACUGUCAGAGGACCAAUAUUGCACCUUCAUGUCUGCUGGAGAGUAUCCUGUUGAUGGAUUGUACGGCCCUGCUGAUAUUCCUCCUGUACAAGAACAAGUCCUUCCUCCUCUGGACAAGCAGGAGCACACACUGAAUAUCUGGGGACCUAGUAGAAGACAUCAGGGCCACAGAUCCACAGAUCCAAGUCCCUAAUGAAGGAAUUAAAUAUAGAUCUACAUCGUCAAAACAAAGCUUCCAAGAUUUAUCAUGCUUACAAUACUUGCACAUCACACACAACACUGUUGCCCAACUUAUAACCAAAUUCAAAUAGACUGCGGACCAACCGAGAAGUGGACAUCCACGAACAUCCACCAACGAAGGCACAACCGACGUGGUGCUGGCGUACAUAGUCCCUUAUGUAUGGAGACUUUUGGAACAACCUGUAUAUUCCCCAAAGAAAAAUAAUUUACUACAAAUCAACGACAGACAAACAAACAAACAAAAAAUAACAAUAAAAUCUGGAUUAAAAAACCUCUGGUGUUU